CUACAACUCCCAGAGGAACCUUGCGGGGCAGCAGGCGCGCGGCGUAGGUCACCACGGAGAGUGGCGGCGGAGAGGCCAGGAAUGCCCAUGAGCACGUUGUACUUGUUUGAGGAGAGGAAGGAGGUGGGCCUCGAGCUUCUUCUCGCCGCCCGGCGCCUGUGAGGAAGGUUUUUCCUCUGUCAUGAACCUGACAAAUAUGCUGAAGCAGUGAUCUAAUCUAGUUCAUCAGGAGUCAGUGACUUAAUCAUGGACCUAAUCCAGCAUCAUAAGAUGGCAAUGGCUUAGUCCUUGCAACAAAUGUUGAUUUCCAAGACAGUUGUAUAUAGGAGCUGUAUGCUACAGUAUCUCCAGUAUGCUGUUGCCCUCAACCAAAAUGCAGAAAACAUUUCAGCUGGCAUAUAGGACAUCGUCAAUGUUGAAUCGCACCUGUAUAUUUCAGUGCUUGAAAGGACAAUUCUCCUUGCUUCAUAGUAGACAGAAGAUGGCUUCCAUGCCUCUGAGAGUCCAACACCAACAUCUGCAUGCAUCUGUUAGUCUCCUUGUGUCCAAGGAACAGGAACUCUUGGGCAAGGCAUCAUCCCAGCCAGACAACCCUCACAAUAAAGAACUAAAGAGAGAAAAUCCUGCCACAUCACCUGAUAAUGUAGCUUACGGAACCCCUGUACAACCAGAUUCUGUAGAGCUUGAUCCCUUACAAGACAAGUCAAUUAGUCUUGUGCAGAGAUUCAAGAAAACUUUUAAACAGUACGGCAAAGUUCUGGUCCCUGUGCACCUUGUAACUUCCACCCUAUGGUUUGGAACCUUUUACUAUGCAGCUUUAAAAGGAGUAAAUGUCGUUCCUUUCCUCGAAUUCAUACACUUGCCUGAAAGCAUUCUAAAUAUUCUAAAGAAUUCCCAGAGUGGAAAUGCAUUAACUGCAUAUGCAAUGUAUAAGAUUGCAACUCCAGCAAGAUACACCGUGACUUUAGGAGGUACAUCUAUUACUGUGAAGUAUCUCCGUAAGCAUGGCUACAUGUCCACACCACCUCCAGUCAAGGACUACAUUCAAGAUCGAAUGGAAGAAACAAAAGAGCGACUAUCAGGAAAAAUGGAGGAAACUAGAGACAUGAUUAGUGGCAAAAUGGAAGAAACAAAAGAGAGGAUAACAGGGAAAAUGGAAGAAACAAAAGAGAGGAUAACUGAAAAGAUACAAGAAACUAAAGAUAAGGUUUCAUUUAUAAAGAAGAAAGAAUAGGAAGAAGUAGGGGGCAGGAUAUGGUUAGCAAAAGCUAAACAUCUUGACUUUGCAUAAUCUGGACUAUAAACUUUUGCUCUUUGUUUCUGCCUUUUUUCGGGUAUUUGGGGCUGGAGAGAAAGUGCCAGUAAUCAAAGAAAGUUUAUCUCAUCUUCAGAAAUAACAGCAUUUUCUAAUCAUAGGAUGUUAAGAAUAAAAUAGCAACAGCUUUCUGUAUGAUCAGGCCCUAAAUGAUGUUGUAUGGUUUGUCUAGUCAUCAUCAUCAGUUCUGUCUGCAUUUAUAUGGAGAAAGAAAUUAUAUUGUCUUCUCAUCUGAUUGAACUGAUCGUCUUGGUUCUCACACCCAGCAUUUUCAAAGCAAAGUAGUUCAAUGUAUAUGAUUCUUGAUUUGGUGCCAAUAUUUGGUAAAUCAUUUAAUUUUAAUAUUCUAGGAGGAUGGCAUAAUUAUACAACAAGUAUAUUCUGUUCAAUAUUUUUUAUUAUAAAAUAUUGUCUUAAAAUGGAAUCUGAGAGACUGAGUGAAAUGGUACUGAACUUAAUUGUAUAUUUAUAAUGCGGAAUAAGUGUUGCUCAAUCGAACCAAAAGAGAUGAGGAAUUGCAUGUCACAAAUAGAAGUUUUUUUAAAGGGAGGAAAUAAACUUAUCUCUGUUCUUGAAUUAAAUGUUUACAUCUUCAUGCCUAUGUUCAGAGAAAAAGCUAAAUGGUAUUACUGUUUACAGAGAAGAAUCCUAGAAUAUUUCCACUAGAGGCUAUGCAAUUAUCUACUGUUGAAUAUAGCAGAAAAAUACUAGUCUUCACCUCUUCAGAAUUUAUAGAUUCUGACACCCUCCCCCCCGAUUUUUGUUGCUGCUUUUGCAACAUCUUUGUCUGGGCCACAGUAUGUGGCAUUUUAGUUCUCUUGCGGUUCAAACAAGUGGCUGUGGAUAGAUAUGUUAGGGACUGCUAUGUGGCCGUCGGGGCAGCCUCAGGGUGUAUCAAUCCAGCCUAAGCACAUACUUUAAAACUUUAUGAAAUUGUGUGUGUGUGUGUGUGUGUUUCUAGCCUUCUGUCUUCUAUGCUUGCCAGGUUUUGUGUCUUCUGCCUCAUGUUAGUGUCAUAAAGAUUCUUUUUCAGAGAGGAGGAAAGGUGCUGUUGAAUCAGUGAGGACUUGAGAGGCAGCUUCAAGCCUGGCUGUUGCAGUGAUGCUUUCUUUCCAGGUGUCUGGCUAGGUGAAAAAAAGAGGCAGUGGUAGUUGCCUUUUCUUCCUUUUCUCACUUGAACCAUUUUGAUUGAUAGAAGGGAGUUGAGAGAAAGGAAUCUUCAGUGAAAUAGUCAUUUUGCCUGACCAGUUUCAAUGUAUUUUGCUGUUAUGCUGCAAGAAUCAAAGUACCAUUUGCUUUUCUUCUACCCAUGCAUCUUGCAUUGAAAUAAAGGCUCAUGUCUCGGCCAGUUUUAGACCCAUGGUGUGUGCCCUGCCCCAUAUAUUUGAGACAAAACCAUUGACUGGUUGAUUAGUCCAACUAUCUGUUGAUUAGUCCAACUAUCUAAAGGUCUAUUUCUUUUUGAGAUUGGGGCCUGGCAGUUAAGCUGUUCGUGCCAGUCUGAGUAGCUCUCAUGCAGACCUGAAUCUAUCUGAAUGUUACUAAAGGAAUACACAAUGUAUAAUCAAGGAAUAUACAUUAGAAAGUAUACUUUUGAAACUUAGCAUAAAAGCCAUCACAGCAAAAGGAUGCCAAAGAGACUCACAAUGAAAAACCUGGGCUGGAAAUAAAUUACAGAGAACUAAUGUGGGGUUUAAGUUGUUCCUGUUAGCAACUUAAACCUGCAUGUCAGAAAGUUCCCCCAUCAAAUAAAAAUUGUGGACAGGCCCUCUGCUUCAGUAGAAGUUAGCUUUACAUUAAAAAAUGGCAACACUAGAACAGCAUGGAAGAAGCACUGUGAAGACUGCAGCCUGGAAAUAGACAACACAAAAAUAAUUUCCUUGUGACUGCAUGUUCAAGCCAUUUUUUUAAAAUGUAGUCUGACUUGAUGCCAGUAUAUUUAAAAUGAAAUCUUUUCCCCUCCAGUAUUUUUUUUUGUUAGUUCUAGCAAUGACAGCAGGAGCUUAAAGAAAAAUAAAAGGACAAUGCCAGCACUAUCUGCUUGGUGUUACACAACAGCCAUUCAUUUCUAUGACUUUUCCCUGGCUCUCUGCAGCAGACAUACUGAAUGGAGAUGUCGCUGUAGUGUUUGGUGGAGUGGUCUGAGCAACUUCCCAAUUCAUUCCUUAAUGAGUUUGUCCUUGUCUUAUAUCCACUGUGAAUGGAUAUUGCUGAAAUUAAUAUUGCAAGGAGCUUUGUUUGAAUUAAACUACUCAUGUCA